AUGGGAAAGUGGGUUGACAACAAAUGGAUUUGGAGCUUUUCAGAUUGGAUUGUAGACACACACUCAGAGGCAAGUGAGGAACUCCAUGUCUUGAAGCAAAUUCUGUAUUAUGUUCAGCCAAGGAUUAAUGUUCAAGAUAGCUUCAUAUGGCCUUUAAAUGAACAUGGUGUAUUCAAGGUAUCAGUAUAUUAUAAGAGGUUGAUGCAGGGUCGUGGUGCAAGGGUAGAGGAUCCAUUGUGUUUAGAGGCUAUCAAUAUUCUAUGGAAAUUGUGGAUGCCAUCAAAAGUUAAAAUUUUUGGGUGGAGGCUUUUCCAAGACAGACUUGCAUUAAAAGCUCAACUCAUUAAAAGAGGAAUUAUGGUGCCUAAGGAGGUAAAUUUUUGCGUGUUUGGCUGCAGUCAGAUGGAAGAUAUUCAACAUCUUUUUCUCAAUUGCGAAUUUGUUAUCAGUUUGUGGAAAUCCAUUUAUGUUUGGCUGGACAUUGAGCCAUUGCUGGCCACAGAUUGCAUUUCUCAUUUUCUGCAUUUGCUGGACUCUUUGAGGCGUAGGUGUUCUAGGAAAAGGGUGGGAUGCAUUUGGAUGGCAACUUGUUGGAGAAUUUGGAAGCAGCGAAACGACAUAAUAUUUAACAAUGCUGUUGCAGAUUUGGACGAAAUUGUGCAUAGUGUGAAGAUGCUAUCUUGGUGGUGGCUGGUAAUCGAAAACAAGCAGAAGGUAUUGUGCAAUUUUUAUGAAUGGCAUCAUUGUCCGGUAGACUACAUGUAA